AUGGAUCUCUCUGCAUUGCCAAAUAAUAACCACCCUGAUAAAUUCCUCCAGCUAGAUGUAAAGUCCUUAGCAAAAACCUCAAUCUUUUUACAAACCUGGCUGGCAAAUUUUCCAGAAACACAUUUUCCUGGAGAACAGCAAUGGCAUAAUAGAGUCUAUUCACAGAAAGAAAAGAAAAAUGUACAUGAACAGCCCGUUGUGCAUCUCAGUGAGCUCCAUCCAGCAAUGAUUGACAGAGCCCUUGGAAAACACAUUACACCUGUCACCUUGAAAACAACCAUCAAGAGUAAUCCUCUGUACAAUGAUGUCUUUACUGAUGAUACCUUGCAGGAAAGGAAAAAUAAUCCAUCUUGGACUGUUCAAGACUAUGACAGGCAUUCCCUAAACUCUACCCUGGCUCACUAUCUAAAGGAAAAUCCAAAUGAUAUCCACUACUGGAUGGAAGACAUUUACACUCCAGGAUAUGAUACCUUGCUGAAAAAGAAAGAGCGAGAAAGAAAACGCUCCAGGUGUUGUCUAAUCAUGCUUUUUCUGGUAUUGCUGGUUUGCAUCACAAUAGUUACAGCAACUGUUUGCAUUCUGUUUACCUGA